AUGUACACCCACGAAGCCACCCUCACCCAGACGCCGCUCCACGUCCUCGGCCUCGUGCUGCGGGAGCUCGACAGCCUGCACUCGCUCGGCUCUGCCAUUCUCGCGCACCCGGUCCUGCACGCCGCCUUCACCGAGGACCCAGCGCGCAUCACGCGCGACAUCCUCGACGCGCAGAUGAGCCCUGCGACCGCACGCCUGGCCUACGCCGCGCACGCCGCCCGCGACGUGGACCGCACCUCGACGGCCGCCGUCAAGGCCUUUGCCGACGCCUGGCUUGUCCCGCUCGACGACGACGCCGCCGCCGCCGAGGCCGGCAGCGAGGGUGGCCCGCUGGGCAUCUGGCCGUGGGGCCUUUCGCUGGCCGACAUCGUCUCCAUGAGCAAGACGCAUGGCAUCGUCGAGGAUCUGACGGCGCGCCUCGUGGAUGCGGCGCUGCCGCAGUGCGAGGCACUGUUUGGCAGCCGCAGGCGGGACUGCACUCGGGCGACGCCCGCCGAGGUCGCCAGGAUCCAUCGCAUGCUGUACGGGUUCGAGAUUUACUGCGGGCUGCUGUUCCGCGACGCGGGCGAUUGCAAGGCCGAUCUAAGCUGGCGGACAGAGGUCAAUUUUCAGCUGAGCGCGGCGCUGUACCACGACAACGUCGUCAAGGCGAAUAAUCAGCUGGCGUGCAUUCACGAUUUUCUGGAAAACAUCGUGCUGCAAGCGUUUAAGCAAGUGGCCAUGUACGAUGUCGGUUGGGGUGCACACGAGGUCGACUUUUUAUCCACAGGCAGUGCCAACGAGCACGUUCAGGCCUACCUAUCGCUAGGACUAGAAUAUAUAUACAAACUCGCCCAGGCCAACACGCGCCUGCCGCCCAACGCCGGCCCCGACGCGCAGCUGCAGCACUUUCGCACGCUGCGGCGCAUGUUGCUCACGCACCGCUACUCGGCCACCAGCACGCUGCCGCCCAAGACGGCGUACAUGCUCGCCAGCGAGCUCAACGCCCACAGCCGCGCGCACCUCGCCAAGACGGGUGCCGCCGAGCGCCAGCACGCAUGCCACCUGUGGGAUGAGCCGACCGGUCCGCCGUCGGCCAAAGACGUCGAGAUGCGGUGCUUUGUGGCGAGCCGCUGGGCCGCCGAGGGCCAGGCGCGGGACAAGGAGGUCGAGGAGACAUAUCGCCCGGCAAUGGAGAGAUCGUGGGCACGGCGCAAGGGCAUGUAUUUGCAAGGAUACAGGGGUUUCUACAUGGAGCAUAUUUAG